GCGCAGCAGCAGCGGCCAGCUGUUGGAAAGCGGCGCGCGGCGCUCCUGAACCUCCCGCUGCGUCCGCAUCAGGUGGAUAUUUGUUCAUCAGCCCAGCAACAGAGUGCACACGUCGGGACUCCUCCUGCUCGUUUUAGUAGAUACCUGCGGUUCUUAUAGUCGACUUCACGUUUCUUUUUUCGCGUCUCUCAAACUGGUCAAGUGUGGCGUAACACUUGCUAAACAAAUCAAGUAGGAACAAAAAGAGAGGACAUCGACAGAAAAAAAAAAGAGAAAGACUCGUGGGAGAAGACAUGGGGAGAAAGAAAAUCCAAAUUUCUCGUAUUCUUGACCAGAGAAACAGACAGGUGACCUUCACUAAGCGUAAGUUUGGCCUGAUGAAGAAGGCGUACGAGCUGAGUGUGCUCUGUGACUGCGAAAUCGCCCUCAUCAUCUUCAACAGCACCAACCGUCUGUUCCAGUACGCCAGCACUGACAUGGACAAAGUUCUGCUGAAAUACACAGAGUACAGCGAGCCGCACGAGAGUCGCACCAACACCGACAUAUUGGAGACGCUGCGCAGGAAAGGCCACGGCCUGGACGGCUCCGAGCUCGACAGCGAGGAGAGCGCGCAGGCGGCGGCCGACAAGUAUCCCGGCAGCGACAGCAUGGAUCUGUCUGUGGCUCGCCAGCGCUUCUGUCCUCCCUCUCUUUUGUCACCGGAGACUCAGUUCCUCGUGUCCGCCGGGUGUGAGAACGGCUUCCCCAACUCUUCGGCGUCCGGCGCAGCCUCCCACCGGCCCCCUGGGUUUAAAGCGCUGAGCUCUCGUCCGGGUUCUGCGAGUCCAGCAGGACCGCACCCGGCGUUCAUGUCCCCACAUCCAGGCAUCGGCUACUCCAUGUUCUCCCAUGGCAACCUGAACCGAGCUCUGGACAUGAAAAGCCCUCCUCCUCUGAGCCUGGGCAGCGAAAACCUGCGGGCAGACGCUGCUAAUCAGGCCAUGGGGGCCACAAGAGUAAACCACAACUCUGCUAGGAGUCUGCUGUACCAGGGCCUGCACAGCAGCAGCUCGAUGGUGGCGAUGGGUAAAGCGGGUCUCCUGAGUCACAGUUUGGGGGGCUACGGGCUCCCCCCUGCUGGAGCCUCUGAGUACAGCCAGCCUGGUUUCUUUCACUCUGUCAGUUUACAGCGAGGACCGGUGAAUCCCUGGCAGCAUGAGUCUCAGACUCCUCAUAUCAACUCAGGAAUGUCCAGCGGGGGGUGCUCCUUCCCACCUCAGUCUUGCUCCUCCAACUCCUCUCAUCUUGCCUCCUUGAACCUCAGCAUCAAGUCGGAGCGAAGCUCGCCUGACCACAUGUGCUCUCCGUCCUCCCCUCGUCUGCACCACCUCAGGCAGCAUUCGCCCACGGGCAACGCCGACGUGGCGCGCCACAGCCCUCCGGAAGCCCACCCGGCCAACAGGACGAAGGAGUUUCCCAAAGCCGGCUACCCGCAGGACGGAGAGGAGCGAGGGCAACCUGUCAGGCAGCUGGAGAUGAGCGACGGCUGGCAGAGAUAGCCAGCUGCCACCGCCUCCCGCUCAACGGCUGCCAACAAAACCCGACAGGGUCGAGAUGUUUUCUAGAGCGUCCCCCCCCAGCCCCGUUGGGGACGUCUCGUCUCGCAGAGCUGGGCUCUUCAGGGUAGGAAAGAAAUCCUCCCUUCAAGUCACUCGCUUGAUCCCACGAGGCGAUGGACGCAUACAGACUUUCUCCUUCUUUUUUUUUUUUUUUUUAGAUUUUUCUGUGCUGAAACAAAAUACAGUUUGAUUAUGUUUUUUUUUUGUUUGUUUGUUUUGCACCUUUUGGAAAAUAGUUCAAGACUAGCUGAGACCAGGUUUUCAAACUGGGGAAGAGUUUUCCCCAGUUUAAAAACCUGGGAAAAAAACUUCCCCAGGUUUUGGGUUAAAGAUUUCUGAAAGUACAUUUGGCCUUUAAAACAGCAUCUCUUCCAAGUCAAGACUGAACCAAGACAUGAAACAGCAUUUUUAAAGGCUAUGAAUAAACAUUGAAAUUUAUUUUAUUUUAGAAAGUGUAGAUUUUUUUUAAAAAUGCUCAAGCUAAUUAUUGACUGACUAAUUGAUCAGUCAAAAACAGACCUCUAAAUAUAAUAAAAAAGGCUUUUGAAACUAGCAAGAGGCUUGAUUUGAAACUUAAGGAUUCAGUCUGACAUAAAUAAAUAUGUUGAUUAAGAACCAGUCUAAAAAUAUGCAGUGAAGUUCAUUUGCAUGCAAAAGCAAUCUUUUUUUUAAAUUCUGUUCUUCGAUCAUAAAUGUAAACUUGAAAAGACUAAUUUUCCCCCUGUAGGAGCAGCUCUUGUUCCGUGAUGCUAAGCUAAUCCGUUAACGUCUAAACCAUUUUCAGACUCCAUGUGAACACGCCUGACUUGUUUAAAGCAGAGUUCUCAGAAUUGGAACCUGAUGCUUUUUCUUCUUGCUCUCAGGUUUGACACAUUUUAAGCUUUAACUCUCUUUUUUAUAUAUAUAUAUAUCUUCAAAUGAGGGAGAUUUUUUUUUAAUAAUGCACAAAUGUGAUCCCCAAGCUUUAUGUUAAAUCCUGCGAAACCAAAAGAAAUAUCCACAUAGUCCUGUGCACACAUGUGCAGCCCGGGUAAAGAUGUGUAAAAGCGUUAGACAUUGAUGGCGGCAGCAUCAUGUCACACUGAAAGUCCUGGAUCCUCUCUUAUCAUCUCUGAUGAGCUCCUGAAAUGACCAGGAUUAUUUGCCUGAUCAGCUAUUUGGCUUAAUUUGCUCACGUGUUUAAACAUCUUGAGGCGACACACUUUCAGUCUUCUGGUAGGAGUCCAGUAAAUUUCCUUAAAUCUUCUGGUAUUCACAAAAACAAUAAACAUGUGAUGAAUUGUAGCAGGUUUUCUGCAACCUGCAGAAGAUAAUUAGCGUCAUAGAUACUCCACCAUACUUAUGAAUAGAAGUUAGAUAGUUUUCCCGACUUGGCUCCCCAAAAGUAAGUCGAUAUAUAGAUACGAUUUUGAUAUUUGAUAGUUAUGAUAACUCCACCUGAAAAAAAAUCCCCCAUUUGCUCAGAUUUUCCUUCUCCCCUCAUUCUGUUCACUGUGUGUUGGCACAAAAUACAUGCCUUCCUUCUAACAAGUUGCCGAAAGAAAUGGGAAUCAUUAAUAAAUUAAAGCUUGCAUUUUUCAGUGUAAUAUUACGCUACAAUAAAAAAUAAAAUGAAAAAACCCAGUGAAUUUAUUGUAUUCAUCUUUAAUACCAAUAAUAAAUGUGGAUGGGUGCUGAAUUGAACGUGGUCAAAUAAGACUUUGUUACCAUGGCUGCCGUCUCUCGCCUCUUCAUGUUGUAGAUAUUACUGCUUAUGCUGCUCACAGAUAUGGGACAAUCUGCGUGAUAAAUCUUUGCUUUUCUAUUGUAUUGAUGUGUAGGAAAAACUGCUGGUGGCCGUUCAGAUCAUUUCCUCUUCUUGUCCUCCAGGGGGU